ACGGCCGCGGGCGGCUCUGAGGGGCUGCGGGGCCGCGGCAGCGCCGUGCGGGCUCCGGGGCGGCCAGAGCCCGCUGCCUUCCCCUGGGCCGCGCUUCUCUUCGCCUCCCCGCCUCCCCCUCUUUUCCCCGGCUCUUCCGUGCCGCGGCCCGGCGGCGAGGGGAGGUGGCGGUGCUGUCCCGGGAAGUUCCCGUGGAGGCACGGGAGGUGUUUGCUGCGGUGUCGCCCCUAAACUGAAAGUAGCUGUAAGCAAACGCAUAGGGGUUCUUUAAAGUCCAUAGGGACUUUAAUGGACAAGGAGGGGGGGAAAAAAGAGUAGUCUCAGCCGCUGUAAUCGCCUUGUCUUCUUCUUUCUGAAAUAGUUGUUUUUGUGUUGGGAUGGGUAACCUGGUGUCUUUGCAGUGACUUGAAAUAGUUUGGUCUUUAUAUAAACUGGAAGAUGUGGAGCGGGCUGUUACCUCCAGGACUGAAUGAAAGUGAUGUUGAUCUAAGUUCUGAUGAUGGAGACGAAUCACCUGAUUCCUGUUUAAAGCAAGAUGCAAAAGAAGAUGCUGAAAGAGUUCAGGGGACUGGACAGGAAAGCAUUGCCAGCAGUGAACCUCUUGUACCCGUGGCAGAUGAAGAAAGUGAAUCUCAAACGUGCCCUCCUGGAGUUUCUGUAAAUAUCUGGAAUAAAUUUGUGGAGCUUCAGAGGAAACACCAAGAAAUGAAAAUGCAAGUGAAAGAGGAAAACAGAUGCAGGAAAAGAAAGCGCCGCCGAAAAGCAAAACAGAGAAAGACCGAUGGAGUGGCUAAAAGUAGUCAGCAGUUGGAAAAUGAAGACAAAUGGAAAGAACUCACACAGUACUUUGGAAUCAAUGAUAGAUUUGAAUCACCUGUGGACAGCAGGGCUCCUCAAAAGUCUGGCCUUGAGCUGAGCAUAGAGAAGUGUGUGGCUGAAGGUGACAUUGCCAAGGCUGAGGAGCUGAGUGACAGAUUAGCCAUUCGUGAGCUUGGUGUGAAAAUUGCCAAAGCUGCCGCUUGCCGCAACUUUGUAAAAGCCAAGCAAGAAGCAGAGGCUGCCCAAGAAGCUCAAAAGAAAAAGAAGCUUGCUUGGGGAUUUGAAGCCAAGAAAAGAUGGGAAACAAAAAGCAACAUGGGAUACAUGUAGUCCAUCCUGUUUUCCUCAGGAGUCAAAUACCUGUUGUUACUUGAAGAAUUUUUGUGGGCACCUUAUUAAAUCUAAACAUAAAACUCUUCAAAACACAACACAUCAAAUGCCUAGUAUUUAUCUUAAUGUUUUUAAACUGCACUGUCUUGUUUUGUCACUCCCUUAUAAAUAAUACAGCAAAAAUACUAUCUGUUAAAUUUUCCUCCUAGAAAUGAAAGAUAAUGCAUUUCAGGAUGAAUUUGAAGUCUGGUAGAGAAUUUUCUGAAGUCAAAAUAAAAUCCUUGGUCCAGA